AUGUCUUUAGCAAUGGAAACACAUCUGCUUGCAGCUAGAUGAAGGAUGCUGCUUAUACCGCAUCCUGGUUUCAGCCUAUAAAGUGUCCCUUUAUUAAUGUUUAUUCAUACCCACUUACUUAUAAGUACAAGAAAAAGCAGUUUAUGCUGGCUUGACCUACGGCAGCUGGACAGGCCUUGUGCAAGCAGCUCACAGAAGGUACGGACUCAGAAGUGAGCAAGUGUCUAUGAGCAAAAUGGGAGUGUGUCAUAAUUCAAGAUUGUCUGGAAUCGCCAGGUAUCACUGUAAACAGAACACAGACAGACAAGACUAGGAAGUCAAGUUCAGAAGAUGGGAAGCCACGGCAACUAUAACAAAACCACAAAAACAGCAAGAACUCGUAUGCGUAAAAAGGCUCCACAUGCACAGACCUGGCAACAUUUUAACAUGAGCAAGAUUCAGGAGGAUCAAAAGCGAAUUUGUCAGAUUGAGAGAGAGAAUAUGAAGCUGAUGGAGCGCCUAGCUGCGAUACAACGAGGGACAGGGAGGGUAGACUGUUGGAAUGAACACUUUCAAAGGAGAUCAAAUAGAGAUGUACAGAACAGGAAAAUACUGACAAUCACCGUGGAAAAUCAGGGAAUUUUGAAAAGGCUUCUUGGCAGUAAGCCUACCAGUUAUCAAAAGAAGUUUGAGACUGGGUGGCAGCAGACCACCAGACGCUAAACAGACUACAAAAUGCCGUAUCUCCUCUCAAGUGAAUUAGGUAUACUGUUUUACACCUGGUUUCACUUCAUGAAAACAAUGCGUGUAUUGUAAGCUGAGUUCGAGGUAUCAGGGUUCUAGACUGUGCACAUCUCAUAGUCAUGUGAAAUGUAAAUAUUUUAAAUUG